GAGAAAGAUUGGCACAGAUGCUAGCUCGGGGCCAGUCUUCCUCACCAGAAAAGUAAUGCUAGUCAUAGUGUGGUUAAUAUAUUUUGCCAGUAAAGACCAAAGCAAUCUUCUGGUCACUAACAUUUCAUAAAAGAAAGUAUAUUUUUAUAUAAAAAAUACUACGAAGGAUAUAAUCUUAGAAUUAGCUCCUCUAAUAACAAUACUGGAUGAUAUAAAUCCUUUCAAGGGAUGAUGAAUUACUUAACUUUCCUCUGCCUCAGUUUCCCCAUCUGACAAAUGGGUCAGUACCUUGCUCGUAGGAUUGUGUAAGGACUAACUGAGUUCAUAUUUGUAAGCCGCUUAGGAGAGUGCCUGGCAUAUAAAUGUGAUAUAAGUGCUUGUUACAUAAAAAAAUAAAAAAGUGUAUUUAAAAAUUGAAUAAAGGCAAGCAUGCAGAGCACUGGAAAAGACUGAGAUUGGCAAUCAGGCUAGACCCUGCAGGGCUGAAAGAGUCAUUCUUGGUGAAGAAAAUGCCCACUGCUGUGCUCUGCCUCCAUCCUGUAUUUCUGCCCCUCGUGCCCCAGCGUGACCUCUGGGUCUGGCCCUUCCUGGGCGUGGGCUCUCCUGGCCCGAUGCUCACCCUGCCCUCCUUCCCUCUGCAGGUCUUUGGGGGCCUCGUGUGGAUCCUGAUCGCCUCAUCCCUGGUGCCCCUCCCCCUGGCCCAGGGCUGGGUGAUGUUCGUGUCUGUGUUCUGCUUCACAGGCACCACUGUCCUGCUCUUCCUGUACAUGUGUGGCAGUGACAAUGAGGAGACUCCCUGGUUAACCGUGGUCUUAGGCUAUGUGACUGGUGCCCACUAUGUGGAGAGUUUCUGGAGGAAGCAUGAUGCAGUCUGCCAUAGUACUGCUGCCCUAUUUUACCUCAGCGCCUUCAUCCUGGAAGCUUGGGCCGCCAGCACAAUGAGAGACAGCUUCACUCAGGAACAUUACCUUGAAAAUGUCUUUGCUGCGGUGUUUUCAUAUGUAGCCACUCUGCUCUACAUGGUCCAUGCGGUGUUUUCUUUAAUCAGAUGGAAGAAAGCAGCAGAAGAACUUUAGCUGAAAACCCAGAUGGUGACAACUGAUUGGCCGCCCUCUGGCAUAGCUUUUCAGCAUGCAGAAAUGCUCUCCAUGGUGGAAAAAAGAAACCCAAAGAAGAGCAAUGCUGUGUGUCUUGAGGGUGUUAUGCGGACUCUCCCCUGUCCUUCCUGUCAGGGUUGGGACCUGCUGCGUUUAACCUCCUACUCCUGAGCCAUCUUUCAGGGUCAUCUAUUUGUGAAAGGGGGCGGUGGGGUGGAGUGUGGGGACUGUGACCUGAGAGACCAUGAAACAAAGAUCCCUGCUGAGCCCUGGACCGGAUCUUGCGAACUCUCUGCUGGAAUCUUCCACAGGCUCUUUUGAGCCCCCAUGUGGUGGGUGUUUCUAAGUCUUCAUGGAGAUUCUCCCUGUCAUAGGAUAAAACUCACCCAACAAGUACUUGCAGAUGUCCACAGGGGAAGAUGAUAAACCUUUGAAAUACUUUACAAAGUGCCUUUAUGUUCAA